AUGGGAUCAGACGGAACCCAUCAUGCAGAUUACACUAAGUUUGAUGGCCUCGCCAGAGAGGAAACACUAGAAAUGCUGGUGUCUUCCUACCUAGCUUUGGCGGAGGGCCAAGAUAACUGGGUUUGUAAUCUUGCCAAUGCCUCAUCUUUAAUCUGGCACGCUUACAGAUCUCUACCCGUAGAUAUCAAUUGGGCCGGUUUUUAUGUUUCGAAGGACAGCACGGGCUCCGAGCUGAUACUAGGGCCUUUUCAGGGCAAGGUCGCCUGUCAAGAAAUAAAGUUUGGUGUUGGUGUUUGCGGUACAGCAAUGAAAAUGCGGGAGACACAACUGGUACCUAACGUCAACGAGUUCCCGGGCCAUAUAGCUUGUGAUGGCGAAACCAAAAGCGAGAUUGUGGUUCCCAUUAUAGGUUCUUCUGGCCAAUGCCAUGGGGUCCUCGACAUCGACUGUUUGGAUUACGAUGGUUUCACGAAAGUUGACCAAAUUUAUCUAGAGAAGCUAGCUUAUGCCAUAUCACAAACAUGUAAAUUCUAA